GCUUUUCUUGUUUUACUGUUAUGUUUGUUUUAGAUUCUGCUGUGUAUUCAAGAAUUAGGAGAAUGAAUUUCAUUAUCGUAAUGUAUUUCAUGCUUGUGCAAUAUAACAUAACAUAUAGCUAUUUGACAUUCCCAUAUUUUCAUUUAAACAGAAAUAUUUUGCUUUUAUGUUCCCCUACCAAGCUAAGCUAAAUGUUUAAAGUAUUUAACUUGGUCUUGCUUCACUUAACUCUAAUGUACCUUGUGUAACUAUCUGCAUAGGCACCAAACCUGGGGUGGCAGGGUGGGCAGACAUGCCCUUUAAUUUUAUACCCCUGUAAUCAGUAAACAUUACAACCAAUAAGUUAGAUUUGUUUAAUAAGCUUGUAUGUCUAACUAUCCCUGCCUCCCCUGUGUUUGUAUAGUUUGACGCCUAUGUCCUAACAUGCAGAAUUCUUUUGCUUUCAGGUUUAGUUUCUUAGCGUUCUGUAGAUUUUAUUUCCACCAUAAUGUCUCACACCAUCUUGCUUGUUCAACCUACCAAGAAACCAGAAGGUCGAACUUAUUCGGAUUAUGAAUCGGUGAACGAAUGCAUGGAAGGUGUUUGCAAGAUAUACGAAGAACAUUUGAAGAGAAUGAACCCGAACUGCCCGUCAAUAACGUACGAUAUUAGUCAGUUGUUUGACUUCAUCGAUGAACUUGCCGAUCUUUGUUGUUUGUGCUACCAGAAGAACACACUCACAUACGCACCUUAUAACAAGGAUUGGAUCAAAGAAAAAAUCUACAUCUUACUCCGCAAGCAGGCCGGCAAAUAAUUGUACAACGAGCAGAGUCGGACAAUUUCAACACCGAUGUUUAAACAAAGUCUCCGUCGCAAGUUAUAUCAUCACUUGACCGAAACAUUUACAAAGCAAUUUCAUGAAGGGGUGUUUAAACUUAUUCAUAUUGUGAUUAAGUACUUUAGUAGUAGAUUAGAUGAACUCUUGGUUUUAAAUUAAACUUUAAAAAACCUGUAAUAGAAGUGAAACAAUGUAAAUAAAGUAUGAAACAUGUUUUA